GGAGAGCAACUGGGAGAGAGGUAUGCAGCUGCGCUAGCCGCUGGACGCCACACUCCCUCCGGCAUGGCAGCCAAACGCAAGUACAGCGCGCCCUGCCCCACCGAGUGGAGGACGGCAGAGCGGGGACCGGCCGAGGGCGAGGAAGCGGCCUGGGCCAGGGCCGUCGGGGCCCCCGAGGUGGUGUACGACCGGAUCAGGGACCGCGAGCGGGCGCUGGGCGCCGGCCGCCGGUGGAUGACCGAGGACGAGGGGGACGAGGAGCUGGGGGAGGACGAGGAGGACGAAGAGGACGAGGAGGACGAGGACGAUGACGACGAGGAGGGGCCGGAGGGCUACCACUGCCAGAUCUGCGGCUACCACACCGACCAGCUGCAGCCCUUCAACGUCCACCUGCACUCUGCCCACCCGACCGUGGUGCUGCAGGAGCUCUACGGGCUGCUGGGCCUGACGGCAGGCCCCGCCCCCGGCCUGGGCCCCCCCGGAGGCCUCGCCCCCGGCCUGGGCCCCCCCGGAGGCCUCGCCCCCGGCCUGGGCCCCCCCGGAGGCCUCGCCCCCGGCCUGGGCCCCCCCGGAGGCCUCGCCCCCGGCCUGGGCCCCCCCGGAGGCCUCGCCCCCGGCCUGGGCCCCCCAGUAGGCCUCGCCCCCGGCCUGGGCCCCCCAGUAGGCCUCGCCCCCGGCCUGGGCCCCCCAGUAGGCCUCGCCCCCGGCCUGGGCCCCCCAGUAGGCCUCGCCCCCGGCCUGGGCCCCCCCGGAGGCCUCGCCCCCGGCCUGGGCCCCCCCGGAGGCCUCGCCCCCGGCCUGGGCCCCCCCGGAGGCCUCGCCCCCGGCCAGGGCCCCCCAGGGUGCCCCGUCCCCUGCCAGGGCAGGUCCGGAGGCCCCUCCGGCGGCCUGAUCCACCGGCAAGGCUGGAAGGGUGAGGGGGGUCGGCCGGACAUCGUGCACAUUGACCUGACGGGGGAGGACGAGGUGGGCGAGCAGGGCCCAGGCCGCGAGGAGGAGGAGGAGGAGGAGGCGGAGGCCGGGCCUGGGCCGGCCCCAGCUCCCGCCCCAGCCCCCUCGCUCAAGCAGCCGGCGGCCCCCUCCCGGGAGCUGGCGCCCGGCCUCGAGCCGGACGCCGAGGGGCCUUUGGCCGAGGCCUUCAGCCGCUUCCCGUACCCGAGCCCGGACGAGCUGGCCCGCUGCGGCCUGUCGGCGGGGCUGCCGGCCGAGCGGGUGAGGGUCUGGUUUGCGGUGCAGCGGCUGCGGCACGGCAUCAGCUGGACGCCCGAGGAGGUGCGGGAGGCCCGGGACAAGCUGUGGCGCAAGCCGGGCACCCUGAGGCUGCCGGUCCCGCCGCUGGCCCUGCUGGCCGACCGCCCGCCCGGCCUGGCCCCGGCGCCCGGCCCCACCGGAUCCCGGGCCUCGGCGGGCCUCGGGGAGGCCCCGGACGGGGCCCCGAGGGGAGGGGGCGGCCCCCUGCCCGGCAGCCCCAAGAGGGCCCGCACCUCGCCCGACGGGGCCGACUCCCCCGAGGCCCAGGGCUGCCCGGCCCGGGCCCCGCCGCUGCCCGGGGAGAGGCGCUGGCGGAAGACCAAGGGCCAGCUGGCCACGCUCAAGGGCAGCUUCGCCCGGGACCGCUACCCGGACGAGGCGGAGAUGCAGCGGCUGCAGGCCCGCACCGGGCUGGGCAAGCCGGAGAUCAAGCGGUGGUUCAGCGACAGCCGCUACCAGCUGCGCGGACUGCCCGCCUCCUACUUCCAGCUGCGCCGCGCCGGGGUCCCGGCCUGGCAGCGCAACGGCCGGCCCCCUCCCCGGGCUGAGGCGGGCGGGGAGGCCCUCGACCGCCUGGGCCAGGUCUCGCCGGCGGCGGGCGGCGGGGGUGCCGAUUCGAACCAAAGGAAGGCCGAGGUUGGCGGUCGGGGGGGGGAGGAGGAGGGGGAGGAGGAGGAGGAGGAAGACGCCGCCGCCAAGGCCCUGGGCCUGUCCGGGAGCUCCGCCGUCGCCGCCGCCGCGGAGACGGCCUCAGCCAGCCGCGCCCAGGCCUCGAGCCAGGCCCCGGCCCCCUCGCCGGGCCGGCCCAGGAAGACCAAAGAGCAGCUGGCCGUUCUAAAGGCCUUCUUCCUGCGCUCGCAGUGGCCCAGCGGCGACGACUACACCCGGCUGGUGGAGCAGACGGCCCUAGCCCGCGCCGACAUCAUCCAGUGGUUUGGCGACACCCGCUACGCCCUGAAGAACGGGCAGCUCAAGUGGGUGCACCGCGGCUCCACGGCCUUCGUGGCGGCCGGGCCGGGGACCGAGGCGGAGACCGGGCCCGGGCCUGGGGCGGACUGCGGGCCCCUGGAGGAGUACGCGAGCCGGCACGGCGGCCGCCUGCGGCAGGACGACCUGUACCGGCUCUGCGUGGAGACCCGGAUGAGCGCCCAGCAGGUGGCCGAGUGGUUCCGCCGGCGGCGGAGGCCCCGGCCCCUGGAGCCGGAGGACGGCGGGUCCGAGGAGGACAGGCCGGCGGAGGAGGGCGGAGGCGGCGGGCCGGGCGAGAGGCAGCCGGACCACGUCGGGGGCCACAUCGUCAGGGUGACGCUUUAACCCCACCCCCCCCCU